AUGGCGCGAAAUUGGCGCAAAAAAGCAAAAUUCGGUUUAAAAGCAAACGGACAUGAUACGCGGGUAGAGUUACUGUUUAUAAAACAAAUAUCUAUAAGAAAAGAAGAAGUGUCUAGGAUUCACACACAAAAAAGUCCUGAUAAAUCCACGCCGCGUGAAUGUAAGGACCUUAAAUCCACGCAGCGUGAAGAAAUUAUGGCUUCUGAUUUCGUCAAAAACGGGGAAUACACCGUUACAUUUGGCGAUUUUGAAACAGAACAAGACAGCGGUUGA